CUCUUCCUGUACUUAUCCUCUUUUUCUCUGCACUUUCCUCCAUUUUCCCAGCAACCAAACACUCGUCAAGAACUCUCCAGUACAAUUGACAUCGAGAUUCAUCACUGAUGAAUCUCGGUGAGGGUUUAGGGUUUGAGGGAGGAGACGAAUUGAAUUGAACUCGUUACUAGGGAUUGAAUUCUGGGAACGUAAAUGGAUAUCUGCGAUUAAGAAAAGAAAAUUGGUAAAGUCUUCUCUCUUUCUGUACUUAUCCUCUUUUUCUCUGCACUUUCCUCCAUUUUCCCAGCAACCAAACACUCGUCAAGAACUCUCCAGUACGAUUGACAUCGAGAUUCAUCACUCUCCUUUCUUCCUUUUCCUUUCUACUUUACCAAUUUUCUUUUCUUAAUCGCAGAUAUCCAUUUACGUUUCCCAGAAUUCAAUCCCUAGUAACGAGUUCAAUUCAAUUCGUCUGCUCCCUCAAACCCUAAACCCUCACCGAGAUUCACCACUUUCCUUUCUUCCAUCGCUCGCCAUACCCAACAACUCGUCGACGGUUUCUCGCUCUCCCAGAAGGACUCAAUUCGUUUUCUUUAUUCAUUUUUCUCCUCAAGAACCAUGGAGGAUGAUGAUGAUCGCGAAGUCGAUCCAGAUCUCAGCUCUGUAUCUGAAGAAGAUUCACAAGAACUUGAAUCCGAUGGUUCUCCUCAAAAGUCUGAUGAUGGUGAUCCUGAUAAUGGGGACUAUGGCCGGUUUUAUAGGAAGCGAAAGUCUGCAGAUUCCAAACAUGCUAGCAAGAUUCUUGUGCGAAUGCCAUCUCCAAAGCCCGAAUGGACAGUUGAUCUUGUGUUGUCCUGUAUGGCAUUCAGGAAGAUCAAUGAGCAUGCUCAAUGGAUUGCUCUUGAUCUCGGUCGUAAAUCGCUCGAUUUUCUGGGUGAUGUAAUGAUUGCUUGAUUCGGCAGGGUUAUUUCUUAUUUGCGGAAAUUUAAUCUUGCCCCAGAGACUGCUGAGGCAAUAGCUAAGCUGGAGGAGGAAAGACAGGCUUUAACUGAUAUGCAGAUUGUGGGGGCUGUUGUGAAUGAUCAAGAAUCUCAGGCUACUGCUUUGUUGGAUAUUUUAGGAGGUGGAUUUAGUUACAUCCCUUAUCCUUAUCGUGGUUUGGAUGCUGGUGAAGUUAAUGAAAUAGAACAGACCGAUCCAAGUUUGUCUGCUGAGAGUGUGGUUUUUGGUCUCCUCCAAGUGCUGCCACAGCUCCACAGAUGUUGUGAGAACAUCGAAAGAAAAGAUUACAAAAUGAAUCUCAAAUCAAAAUUUCUAUGUGACUCCAACAACUCAUAUAUUAACUUAAUUUGUAAUAAUCCAU